CCUAGCCCCGCGCAGCAUACCCCCCCCAUAACUACCAUUUUUGACGCCGGUGCUGGUGGUAGCAAAAACACGUGUUUUUAACGAAAAACAUUGUGGUUUACCACUAAAUAGCAAUCGUAGUGCUAUAUAGUUGUAAUUAAACGUUAUUCGUUGCUUAAUCGUCGUUGGAAACUAUUGUGAAAAUGACUGAACAAGAAGUCGCCGGUGAGAACGGAAAGGAGCGGGAGAAUAAUGCUGAAGAUGAAACGGAACUGGAAAGUGCAAUUAUCCAGCAGGUGGAAUAUUACUUUGGUGAUAUGAACCUUGCCCGUGACAAGUUUCUUCGUGAGCAAAUAAAGCUUGAUGAUGGGUGGGUUCCGUUGGAUGUGCUUGCCCGUUUUAAUCGGCUAGCCAAACUGAGCAAAGACGCAAAAGUCAUUGCUAAUGCAUUGAGCAAGUCUACGUCUGGAAUAAUCGAGUUAUCAGAAGAUAACCAGAAGAUUCGCAGAAGUCCUGAAAUGCCAGUUCCGGAAAUGAAUGAGGAACGUCGCAAAGAACUCCAAGGACGUACAGUAUACACUAAAGGCCUUCCAAAAGAUUCGAAACUCGAUGAAUUGUUAAAAUUCUUUAAACAGCAUGGAGACGUGGAGAAUAUCGUCAUGAGAAAAUAUCUUGAUAGAUCAAAGAAGCAACGAAUCUUCAAGGGAUCAGUUUUUGUCACUUUCAAGAACAAAGAACAGGCAGUGAAAUUCUUAGAAAACAAGGACCUUAAAUAUGGAGAGACAGACUUGUUGAUCCUCUCACAAGAGGCCUAUUUCCAGAAGAAGCAGGAAGAAUAUUCUGAGAAGAAAGAGAAACGAGAUAAGAAACAUAAACAGAAAGAGGCAGCUUUUGAAAAAGAGAAAGAAGAGUUGAAACUGCCCAAAGGAACUGUACUGUAUUUCAGUGAAGCAGCAGAUACCACAAAGAGAGAGAACAUUAAGGAGGCAUUGGUUGCUCUCGAAGUUGAUGUCGCAUAUAUAGACUUCAAAGUCGGUGACACGAAAGGCUGGGUACGUCUCGCCAAAGAGAAUGCAGCUAAAGAAUUCGCUGAAAAGUUUCCAGAUGGCAAAGUCAAAAUUGGUGAUGCUGAUGUUGUGUUCAAGCUCCUAGAAGAUGAUGAAGAGACAGAAUACUUAAAAAGAACCGUUGAAGAUAUGGUUAAGAAACGACACAAUCAAAAGAACUUCAGUAAGCAAUUUAAACACAAGGGAGGUUACAAAGGCAAACAAAGCAGAAAAAGGAAACAAGACCAGCAUGGUGAUGAACCGUCGAGGAAGGUUAAAGCCGAUUGUUAGUUACACGCAAUUCCUAUUUCUGUUGCUAUUAUUUUAAGGCUGGAUUACCGUUUUUUCGUUAUAUAUAGAUAAUUCGACAUUGUAUGGAUAGAAAGUUUCACUACAUUGAUGACUUGUAAUUGUGUGUGCUGUGGUACAAAUGGCACUCUAUAGUCAUGUAAGCAAACUCAAUUUUAGAAUUGAGAGCCUCUGCCUGCCCUGUGUAUUUUUUAAAAUAAAAUGUUUUAAAACUGUCUGACAGAAUAAAAAUAAAUAAAAUUCGAAUGUUUGAACAUUUGAUGACGGAUUUUGUUUUUGUAAUCCAUAUUAGAUGAUUGUCUACGCGAUAUCUAAAGGUUUUUUUCACGUGUUUCUGAUAGCAGACAUCAUUUUAACAAUAAUUUCAUAAUUUUUAUUAAUUACUUACUGUACUGUAGUUUAAUAUUUUAACUUAUGAACUUAUUCAUACACUGCAGGCAGUAAGUCACUGCCACAAGUCUGGUGAAUUAAUCUGUGUCUAGUGUAAUACUACAUAAUCCUGAACGAAGAACUACAAAACCACUUAAGGGCCCAUUCGUUACCGAACAUGUCAGCCGACAGUCUGAUUGCAGGCGACACGUCAUCCGGUAUUUAGUUUUGAAUGUUGGGCGUGUUAACGGAUUUUUUCCUCCCUUCGCGACAUGAAAGUUGCCAAUUUAUGAAGUGCGUUACUACCAAUAAAUGUACGGCACCAUAAAAUGUUAUAUUUCGUAAUAUUAAGACUAAACCUCAAGUUGGAAAGACGUUUCUUUGAGUGGAAUAAUAUUUACGCCACGUUAAAAACGAUGUUUUGAGGCACUUUAAGCAAUGUAAAUUAUUUUCAAAUACACAGCACAGUUUUUACAUACGAGAUUGUGACCUGGUUUUGAAUUUACUUCUGAACCUAGAUGCUAUUUUGUGUAGCAAACUUCUCAGUAUUUAGUACAUACAUACAUUUAGUUUAAUAAGUAUAAAAACUAAAAUAUGUCUAAAGUGUUCCUUUCUCCAUGCUGUUAAACACUCGAUUUAAUAAAAUUGAA